AUGUUCUCUGCCAUGCUGAUGGACGCCUACCGUGACGAACGCCCGGGGAUCCGCAUCACCUACAGGACGGAUGGUCAACUGCUCAACCACCGGAGGAUGCAUUUUCAAUCGCGUGUCUCCACAAUCACCAUCCACGAGCUUCUGUUCGCCAAUGACUGCGCCGUCAACGCCACCUCGAAAGAGGAGAUGCGACGGAGCAUGGACCUCUUCACCGCCGCCUGCAAGAAGUUCGGUCUGUUCGAUAACACCGGAAAAGACAGUGAUCAUGCACCAACCGCCACCCAACACAGCCCACAAGGCGCCGUAAAUGAUCGUGAAUUGAACUCAACUGCAAGUCGUGGACAACUUCACGUAUCUGGGCACCACCCUCUCCCGCAGUACCAAAAUCGACGAGGAAGUGUCCGCCGGAUUUCCAAGUCCAGUCAAGCCUUCAACACACAGCUUGUAAUCGCUACGCUUUUCAACUCGACACGAAACUGAAGAUGUAGAAGGUCGUCAUCCUACCGACGUUCCUGUGUGAAGCAGAGACUUGGACGGUGUACGUGAAGGAGUUACGCCGACUCAACCACUUCCACCUCAGUUGUCUUUGCCGAAUACUGAAGCUGAGGUGGCAGGACCGAAUCUCAGACACGGACGUACUGGAGCAAACGGGAAUCCACGACACUUGCAUUAUGCUAAGACAACUGCAACUACGCUGGAGCGACCACUUCGUACGGAUGGACCACGAGAGGCUACCCGAACGACUCUUCUAUGGUGAUGUCGCCAUGGGUUCAUCCCGACAAGGAGGUCACGUCGGGCGCUACUGGGAUACUCUGAAAACCUCCCUGAAACGCCUGCAAGUCAACACGGCAAACUGAGACGACCUCGCCCGGGACUGAACUACGCAAAGCAGAGCAGUGAAGACAGGCGUUGCAGUCUUCGAAGCCAACCGCAUCACCGCCGCUAAAGUCAAACGCAAGACGCGCAAAUCUCAACUGCCGCCAUAACUGCCUCGUAACGCCAACGCCCAACCACCCCCAACGUGCCCUCGACGCCAACGGACAUUCCGGUUGCCAAUUGGACUUGUUGGACACCUUCAGAUAAAUUGCGGCAUCAGGACUGCACCAACCGUCGUCUCUCCGUCCACCUCUCCCUCGCCUCUCACGCCGUCAACUAACACUGAUCGCCCUCCCGAACCCCCACUACCAUCCUCCUCCUUCUCCUCCUCCUCCACCGCCUCAACGUCUGCCGCUGUGGCACCUGCCAUCCCAAUCAACACUACAAACAAUCCUGACACACCAAAAAAACACCAACAGCGUCACGGUCCACAUCAGGGAUGA